GGAAAGAGCGAAAGGAGAGGCGAGGGACACGGAGCGAAGAGUGAUGAGGCCAAUAAUUUGCUGAUCUUUGAAUCUGAGGCGAUGAGACUGCCUCUAACAAUACUGCAGCGGGACAGAGAUAGGCUCAUUUAGACACACACACACACACCUACACACUCCCACACGCAUACAUGUUCACACGCGAAAUGAUGAACUGCUGAGGACACGCUGCUAAAAUCGGCUUUUAAAGGAUUUCUGUCAUAGCACAAUUGAGAAAAAAGAUCCGCUCUGGACUGUGAGAUAAACGCUGUUAAAUGAACAUGAAGACCGGGAAGAAAUCAUUCAUAGCUUUUAUUAAAGAAAGGAAGAUGGGCUUGAACGACUUCAUCCAGAAGCUUGUUUCCAACCCUCCUAUCUGUCAGCAUGCCGAGGUCGGCUCGUUCUUAAAAAUCGACGAGAACCAGAACGAGGAGCUGGAGGAGAAUCACCUGUGUUUGACCAAUCCCAGGAGCUCUUUGGCCGAGGAGACUCAGAUCAAGCCUUCCGAUUUCGACUACCUAAAGAUCAUCGGGAAGGGGAGCUUCGGAAAGGUCCUGCUCGCGAGGCACAAGGAGAACGAACGAUACUACGCCGUGAAGGUGCUGCAGAAGAAAAUCAUCCUGAAGAAGAAAGAGCAAAAGCAUAUCAUGGCGGAAAGGAGUGUGUUAAUGAAAAAUAUCAAGCAUCCAUUCCUGGUGGGGCUGCACUACUCUUUCCAAACCACAGACAAGCUCUAUUUUGUUCUGGACUACGUCAAUGGAGGAGAGCUGUUCUACCACCUCCAGCGUGAGCGGGUGUUUUUGGAGCCCAGGGCGAGGUUUUACGCCGCUGAAAUCGCUAGCGCGCUCGGUUACCUCCACUCGCUGCACAUAGUUUACAGAGAUUUAAAGCCAGAGAACAUCCUCCUGGACUCUCAGGGCCACAUUGUGUUGACAGAUUUUGGUCUGUGCAAAGAAGGACUGGAACCUAACGGCACCACCACAACGUUCUGCGGGACUCCUGAGUACUUGGCUCCUGAGGUGCUUCAGAAACAAGCCUAUGAUCGUACAGUAGACUGGUGGUGCCUGGGAUCGGUGCUGUUUGAGAUGCUUUACGGACUGCCUCCGUUCUACAGUCGCAACACAGCCGAGAUGUACAACAACAUCCUUCACAAGCCCCUAGUCCUGAAGCCUAACGUGUCCAACUCUGGCCGCGACCUGCUGGAGGGGCUUCUGCACAAGGACCGUACCAAGAGACUGGGGUCCAAAGAUGAUUUUCUGGAAAUGAAGUUCCACAGCUUUUUCUCGCCCAUCAACUGGGACGACCUCAUGGCCAAAAAGAUCACGCCUCCAUUCAUUCCCACAGUGACUGGUCCCACUGAUCUCCGGCACUUUGACCCAGAGUUCACCCACUUACCCGUGUCGACCUCCCUAUGCAACACCGAUAACCUGCACGUGACCAGCAGCGUACGGGAGGCAGCCGGAGCGUUCCCAGGCUUUUCUUACGGUCCUCCGGCUGACCAUGCCUUCCAGUAACCGCUUCCGUGACCCUCCAUUCCAGCAUCGCUAAACGCGUCGAGAAGAAGGACCACAGCGCGGGACGUUUAGCUCUUCUGAUUUAUUUGCGCGAACGAGGGACACCCGUGCGUCACCAAGAGGAACGUGGGACGUCGCAGGACACAAACUACAGUAACAACAACUUCCAGGAAAGAUGCAAUGCGUGCCAAUGGAUGCAGAGAGGACCUGAGCUCCUAGAGAGCUUAGAAGUGCCUGAGAGUUUAACUGAUGAUCUGCGGAGGGGAAAAAAAAAAACUGGCAAAUUUGUACAACAAAACGUUGCACGCCAGAGACGAUGGCGCCAGCUGCUUUUGUGAUCUCUUACGUUUGAUCGAAAUGUCUUUGGACGAUGUUUUAUUUAAUUGCGUUUUUCAUGCAUCGUUGCACAGCGGAGGUAAAGGAUCAAGAAAAGUACCGAAGUCACGGAUGGUCCGAAAAAGUACUAGAGGAGACACAGGCUGUCCGACUCAAAUAUCAAUACGUUUUUUGCUGAAAAAAACUUUAUUAUCUUCUUCCUGUUGACAAAUGUUAAUUUAAUAACUGCAUUAUUUAUCGUACUGCGUUAUAUUAGUGUGGUUUAGCUUAACUAAGCUACAUUUAGGUUUGUAUUAGUUAAACAGGGCUUUUAGCUGUGUGAUUAUUUGUCUGAACGACUAGAAGACAUCCUGUGCUCCUCCAAAAAUCGAUAUUUUUGUCUUACAAGUACUUUCUUUCCUUUUUCUCUCCAAUGCCAGCACUUUUACACAAAAUGCCAGACACUGUGUUUCAAGGCAGUUUUAGGAGUGGCGCGUCACAUUCUGUUAUCAUACGUUUAGUGAGCCGGAUGUGUGUUUUAUGCAUACGUUUAUCAUUGUUAUCUGAAGCGAACACGGCAUGUCGAUUGGAUUGUAUUGAAACCUUUGCAUCGUGUAGGAGCCCAGAAGGAACUGUGUCUUUUUUUUGUGUUUUGUUUUGUUCAAAUUGUGCCUGUACAGCUCAUUUAUGUGAUACAUUUCCAUGUGCGUCUAUCAUUCCUGUCUGUAUUGCUCUGGGUUGGACAGGGACAUGGAAUGCUGUGCAAUAGAAACGCUGACUCGAUGGAGAUGUGACCGGUUUGUCGUGGGACGACUGAGUGGUAUCGGCUUAAUGAAGGAGAAGGGGUUCGGAUGCCCUCAUGAAACGCAUCCCUGUUUUAACUGUAAUAUAUUUCAUAUCAUCGGACCAAUAAUGCGCUAUUUGUUCUUUAGAUAAUGCAAACAUGGCAAUAUGGAUAAAGUUUAUUUUCUUCCAUUUUUGGAAGUUAUUCAUAUAUGGUUUUAUAUUUUUCCAUGUAUAUUUAUUUACACGUUGUAUAUUUUACCUCUAAUGAUCAGAGUAUUACAUUCUUAGAAUAAUUAAAUAUUGAGAAUGAUCUAUAUGAAUGCAAAAUAAAUAUAUAAAAGUGAA